AGACUUAACAGCUACAGCGUUGAACAUUCCCAGCAGGUGGCGAGAGGGCGUGAGAGCGAGAGAGAGGAUGGUGUUGAUCAGUACUCCAAUUAUCUCAACCGAUAAAGGAAUAGCAGCACUACUAGCACUCUCCCUCGCCGUCUCCUUCCUGCUUUUCAUCAUGCUAAAACGCAAACGAGGAAAUGCCUACCAGCACCUCCCUCUCCCUCCAGGUCCCUACGGCCUGCCGAUUCUCGGCAGCCUCCCCUUCAUCAACCGAAACCUCCACCACUAUUUCGCUGGCCUUGCCCGCACCUACGGCCCGGUACUCAGCCUCCGCCUAGGCUCCAAACUCUGCGUCGCAAUCUCCUCCCCGUCCGCCGCCCGCCAGAUUCUUAAAGAUCAAGACGUCGCCUUUGCAAACCACGCCACUCCCGCCGCAGCCCGCUUCUACUUUCGCGGCUCCAACCCCAACCUUCUGUUGGCCCCAUACGGCCCUCUCUGGCGCACGAUGCGCAAAACAGCCGUGCAGGAGAUGCUCAACGCAGCCAGCAUAGAAGUCGUCGCGCCGUUUCGCCGCAGGGAAAUGCGGCGCACGGUGGAGGAGUUGUUGGCCAGCGCGAGGACCGGUGCGGCUGUGGAUGUGCGGGAGACCACGUUCAAGACCAUGCUCAACAUGAUGACGAGCAUGUUGUGGGGGGAACGAGUUGCCAGCGCCGGCGAGGGGAAGGAGUUCCGGAGAGCGAUCGAGGACGUUGUAGAACUCUUAAUGGCGCCCAACGUAGCUGAUUUUUUUCCUGUGGUGGCGGCACUCGACCCGCAGGGGUUAGGGCGGCGGGUAAAGAAGCUCAUGGGGUGGAUUUAUAAGUAUCUUGACAUGACGGUGGAGAAAAAGAAGCGGAUGAUGGCGGGCGGGGAGAGGAGGAGGGAUGUGUUGGAAGCGUUACUGGACCUCGUAGAGAUGGGGAACCCGGAGGCGCCGUUCACCUUGGAUAAUGCCUAUAAACUGAUGGUGGAUCUUAUAGGAGCAGGAACCGACAGCACUUCCACUACCGUAGAAUGGGCCAUGGCCGAGCUGUUAAGCGACCCAACAAGGAUGCAGAAAGCACAUCAAGAGCUUGAUGCAGUCGUCGGAAAGCACCGCGUCGUGGAAGAGUCUGACAUCCCUCAGCUCCGCUACAUAUGUGCGGUCGUCAAAGAAACAUUCCGCCUCCAUCCUGCAAUUCCUCUGCUCAUCCCUCACUGCCCAAGCUCUCAAAGUGCCAUCGGAGGCUACUCGGUUCCCGCCGGCACCACCGUCUUCGUCAACGUGUGGGCCAUUCAUAGGGAUCCCUGUUUGUGGGGAAAGGAUGCCGAGGAGUUUAGGCCGGAGAGGUUCUUGGAAACCGGCAAUGAAAAAAUCAACUUUUAUGUGGGAGGGAAUGAUCAAUUCUGCUACAUGCCAUUUGGAGCCGGGAGAAGGGCGUGCGCGGGGACUGCAAUGGGAGAGAGAGUGGUUCAUUACAUGCUUGCCUCUCUCCUGCAUUCGUUCGAGUGGCAUUUGCCAGAGGGUGCGUCGAUGGAUUCUGAGGAGGAGUUUGGGACUGUUUUGAGGAGGGCGGGGCAGCUCAUUGCUGUGCCGACGAUGAGAUUAGCUAAGCCGGAGCUCUAUUCUUAGUCUAUGAAUAUUUAUGCUUUAAGUGUAAGGUAUUCUCUGUGUAGAAAAUAAAAUUAGAUUU